AUGACGAUCGCCCUUGCUCCCCUGGUCACAAAAAAGGACUGGCACGCGGUAUCUGAGUCACUACACACCUUAGCAUCAUCGCCAGAGAUGUACAAGGAGGACAGGGCUGGCUCACAAACUGACUUCCAGGGAAUUCUUGAGUGUAUCAAGGACUGUACACAUGCUCUCGAUAAGGUGGCUUUGGCCCAUUUUUAUGCAAUCUACGUUCGAUCGCUUCCUUUGUCUGAGGCUCUUGAGUUCGUUGAGAAGGAACGGGCUGUCUUUAACCAUCAUCCAGAAGCCUUAUCCGUGAUAAUUGCUCUGCAGUACCUUCUGUACACAGCGGAACUGGACCCCGUUACCCUUGAGCAUGCUAUGGCGUUCUCCUACGAGCGUCAACUGCUCGAGAGCCUGUCUUCUGGUGUAUUCUCAGUGUCUUCAUACGCCGAAAUGAUGGCCUUGGAGGCCGCAAUUCGCUAUGCCAUCGUGGAGCACCGCUUCUACGACAUCUAUCUAUUUUAUCAGAAAAUGGUUCAGAUAGCCAUUACGACCCCUUGGGCAUACAGUAUACUUAGUAACUACUUCUGCAUUGCUGUAUGCUCAUCGUUCUGUAUUUGUGACCAUCCCAUCGACCUGCUGAGCCUAGUCUAUAACGUGUCAGGAAAGAAGAAUGCAGAGCACCCGUGCACGUGUGCCGAUACAGACAUAACCGGUAGCACAACCGAUAACAAUAAUAGAGGCAUCUGCUGUGGUAGCCCAUAUUGCAUUUCAAUGGACUCCAUGCUAUCAUCUCACUUUCCACUCAAGGAAACACCGGCCCAUAAUCUUUUGCUCCAGGUCACUGAGGGUAUAGUGCCCAGUGAUAGUGAGCUUCCAAAGGACGCAAAGUACGGGGUUAACUUCUUGUCAGUCAAAGACGGAAUCCGCAGACAGGCCCUUCAGCACCGCUUCUGCAAGCUUUUGUAUGAUGCAUCCCUGGCAAAGCGUAACAAUUACCCCUACAGAGACCUUAUGGACUCUCUUGAAUUACCGAGUGUUCUAGACUUGGAGAGGUUUAUAUUGGACGCUAUGAGGGCAAACCUUCUUGUGGGGACCUUAAACACGGUCUCGCAAACACUGACAGUGUCCAUCAUCCAAGCGCGGACAGUGUCGUCCAAGCAAGUCGUAGUCUUCAGCAAGCGCCUUCAGGAGUGGGCAGACAGAGUGGCGCAUUGCCGAUCCGUUUUAGAUGAGUGCAUGUAA